CAUGUCUAUUGCUUGCAUGUCAUUUCAGGACAGCCAAAGAGGCACCUUCUUACUACCGGCUGGAGUGUAUUUGUUAGUGCCAAAAGACUUGUGGCAGGAGAUUCUGUGCUUUUCAUAUGGAAUGAAAAGAAUCAGCUUCUUUUGGGGAUACGUCGUGCCAAUCGACCACAAACUGUAAUGCCUUCUUCAGUUCUAUCCAGUGAUAGUAUGCAUAUUGGGCUUCUUGCAGCAGCUGCCCAUGCUGCAGCAACUAAUAGCUGUUUCACGGUGUUCUAUAAUCCAAGGGCUAGUCCAUCCGAGUUCGUCAUACCACUUUCAAAAUAUAUCAAAGCUGUAUACCAUACACGUGUUUCUGUUGGUAUGCGUUUCAGGAUGCUUUUCGAGACCGAAGAAUCAAGUGUCCGGAGGUACAUGGGUACAAUAACUGGAAUAAGUGACUUGGAUCCAGUUCGUUGGCCAAAUUCUCAUUGGCGAUCUGUAAAGGUUGGUUGGGAUGAAUCCACAGCAGGAGAUAGGCAGCCAAGAGUAUCACUAUGGGAAAUUGAGCCUUUAACAACAUUCCCAAUGUAUCCGUCACUAUUUCCGCUCAGAUUGAAACGUCCAUGGCAUCCUGGCACCUCAUCUUUUCUUGAUGGCAGAGAUGACCCAACUAAUGGGCUAAUGUGGCUUAGAGGUGGACCUGGCGACCAAGGUCUGAAUUCAAUCAAUUUUCAAAGUGUUGGAAUGCUGCCAUGGAUGCAGCAGAGGCUUGAUCCGGCUUUGCUUGGAAAUGAUCAUAAUCAGCAGUACCAAGCCAUGUUGGCAGCUGGUUUGCAGAACAUAGGGAGUGGAGAACUCUUGAGGCAACAAAUGUUGAAUUUCCAACAGCCUUUCAAUUAUCUUCAUCAAUCAGGAAAUGUCAACACUUCUAUCCAGCUUCAGCAGCAGCAGCAAACGAUUCAGCAAUCAGUGCCUUCUAAUAUCUUGCAGCCACAAGCACCAGUAUUGGGAGAGAACAUGACUCAGCAGCAGCUCUUUCAGAAAUCGCACAACAACCGAGAAGACCAUGCGGAGCAGCACACUUAUCAAGAUGCACUUCUAGUUCAGGGUGACCAGCUCCACCAAAGGCAACACUCUAGUUUGCCUUCGCCAUCGUAUUCAAAAUCAGAGUUUGUAGAUUCAAGCAUGAAGUUUGAAGCAUCAGGUUCACCAGGACAGAACAUGCUUGGUUCACUUUGUCCUGAAGGGAGCAGCAAUCUCUUGAAUUUAUCCAGAGGUGGUCAUUCGAUACCGACAGAACAGUCACCCCAACAAUCAUGGCCUGCAAAGUAUACACCUAUGCAGGUUAAUGCUUUUGGCAACUCAAUGUCACAUGUGCAAUAUUCUGGAAAAGAUAUUGCAGUGGCAUCACCACAUCGUAAUUCAGACACUCAGAAUCCAACCCUCUUUGGAGUCAAUAUUGAUUCAUCCGGUCUUCUACUCCCUGCCACUGUCCCACAUUAUACGACUUCAUCCGCUGAUACCGAUGCUUCAACAAUGCCAUUAGGGAAUUCUGGAUACCAGGGUCCUCUAUAUGCUUGUAUGCAAGAUUCAUCUGAGUUAAUGCAAAGUGCGGGACAAGUUGACCCCCAAAACCAGACACCAACCUUUGUCAAGGUUUACAAAUCAGGGUCAGUUGGGCGCUC